GGGACUCUGGUCCGGUUCACCCGCCAUCCGCGAUGAGCGAACAUCGAGACCGCAAGGAGUGAACUCCGGGGUGCCAGCUCGCUGUACUCUGAACCGCCGACUCUCGCGCGCCUCGAUGGCCCUAUCGUCCAAGGCCGCGGAGGCCGAGGCGGGCAACGAAGACGACGCCGCCGCCGCGGUUGAGUCGUCGUCGUCGCCGACGGCGGAGGAGGCGCGCGCGAUGCUGCAGCCGGCCUACGACAGCUGCGCCGAGACGGCGUCCCUGCGCAGCCCCAUGGCGUCGCUGGUGGGCUCGGGUGAGGAGGGCGCCCCCUGCCAGCACCACCGCGGCUUCCUGAGGUCGGCGUCCCACAACCAGUCCGUCAUGAGGCCGCUGCUCACCUACUCGCCCAGCUUCGCGCCGUCCGUCGCCACGAGCAAGGGCACGCGGAGCAGGUACCGCAACGGCGUGCGCAAGCUGCGCAAGCGCGCCGUGCUGAAGAACGGCGAGUGCAACGUGCUGCUGAACCACAUCCACCACCGCAAGCUGCGCUUCCUGCAGGACAUCUUCACCACGCUGGUGGACGUGCAGUGGCGCUGGACGCUGCUCGUGUUCGCGCUCAGCUUCAUCCUCAGCUGGCUGGGCUUCGCGCUCAUCUGGUGGCUCAUCGCCUUCACGCACGGCGACCUUGAGGACGGCCACCUGCCGCACCAGCAGGAGGACAGCGGCUGGAUGCCGUGCGUCUUCAACAUCUUCAGCUUCGCGUCGUGCUUCCUGUUCAGCGUCGAGACGCAGCACACCAUCGGCUACGGCUCGCGCAGCACCACGGAGGAGUGUCCCGAGGCCAUCUUCGUCAUGUGCCUGCAGAGCAUCACCGGCGUCAUGAUCCAGGCCUUCAUGGUCGGCAUCGUGUUCGCCAAGAUGUCGCGGCCCAAGCAGAGGACGCAGACCUUGCUGUUCAGCCGCGUCGCCGUGAUCUGCCAGCGCGACGGCGACCUGUGCCUCAUGUUCCGCGUGGGCGACAUGCGCAAGUCGCACAUCAUCGGCGCGACGGUGCGCGCGCAGAUGAUCCGCACCCGGACCACCAAGGAGGGCGAGGUGCUGCCCCAGGCGCAGGCGGAGCUGCGCGUGGGCACUGACGGCGGCGACGAGAACCUCUUCUUCAUCUGGCCCACGACCGUGGUGCACCGCAUCGACAAGGACAGCCCCUUGUACACGGUGUCCGCCAACCACAUCAUCGGCAAGGAGGCGCGCUUCGAGAUCGUCGUGAUCCUCGAAGGCACCAUCGAGUCCACGGGCCAGACGACGCAGGCGCGCUCGUCCUACCUGCCGAGCGAGAUCCUGUGGGGCCACCGCUUCGAGCCCGUCGUCGAGUACAACAAGGAGCGGCAGGGCUACGAGGUCAACUACUCCAAGUUCAACGACACCCAGCUGGUGGACACGCCGCUGUGCAGCGCGCGCGACCUGGAGGAGUUCUACCGGGUGCAGGACGACUGCAGGCAUCCCGCAGGUCGGGUCAGCAGGUCCAACAGCACGAGCACCCACUCGACGCCGCCCACCUCGCUCAUGGCGUUCCCCAUGAACGGCCGUCCGCACCACGCCGACACCGUGCUGGCCAUGGAGCCGGAGUAGCCCGGGGGACGCUGCCCGUCGCGCGGCGCGGCGGCCGGCGCGAGAACUACGUGCUCCCGCGGCCGAUCCUCAGUGCGCUUUGUUGUGCCGGGUCUAUGAACUAAGCAAGAAACACAAGACGCUAAAAGUUCAAUAACAGAGUUUUCCAAAUAUUUCGUUUAUAAACUACGUAAGCAUUGGCCAACAUUCCACCGCUGGCAUUUCGGCUUCCGUUUUCGCCUUCCAUAUUUGAAAUGAAGUGUUCUAAAGACGCAGACGUUAUGUGCAUAAAAUGCCGCGAUUUGUAGAUAUGACGUUUUCACAUUUUAAACCGUCGCACAUUGAAACAAAAUAACAAUUUUAAAUAAAAUUAUUGACUUUCAUAUGUUUUAAUGUUGGUUUACCAUUUCAAGUUUUAUGGUUGGUAACGUCUUGUGGCUUCCUUGCUUAUACACGACCGUGAUUUUCUUGCGUGGGUUGUGUGUUGCAUUGUUGCAUUCCUUGCACAAGAUUAUAACCCGGCCUUAGUCCGUUGAACUGUCAAAAUCAUGCCUCACUGCAAGAAGCACAUCUAUUUUACUUUGGUAAUUGACCUUCAGUCCAGCUCUGGACAACCUUGUAAUUCGUGGGUUCAGUGACCUUAAGGUUGGACUCAUCAAUAAUAUACAUUACCCUUGGUUUCAGGUCUUACAACGCGUGUCAGAUUUAAUGUGGUCCAAUCGCGUGAAACUAAAAAACUUGCAGAUGUUUGUAGGGCAGUCUGGUGGUCAUAUACACCGCAAAUUUGUAGGUUCUCUAGCAAAAAACAUGGAGAAGCAGCGUGACCUAAUAAUGUGCAUCCCUAAAUAAAUAAAAUUAUAUAACUGAAUAUGGCUUGGAGCGGAAAAUUUUGUUACUCCACGCACGGCCUAGAUAAAAGGAAAAUUAUAUGGUUAAUUUGGUCGUAAGGUAGACAACAAAAUAAUUUACGUUUACAUUUGAGUUAGACCGAAAUAAUCUUGCAAGCCUUUCUAAGAGCUCAGACGAAAAGUUUCCCAUCUGUCACUUGUUAAAAUGACUGAAUCACGUCUAGUCUGCAACAGUAUAGCAAGAAGUUUCUUACAACGAGAUCAGCCAGUGAAAACACAAAAAUUGGUGUAAUGUACUUAGAAGUUUUAAUUUAAGCCUGACACCAAAUUUUAAGCCUAAAAAAAUUUAAUUGUGCUUUGUAGGCUGCCAACUUAAUUUCAAUGCAGAAAGCUUUUAAUAGUUUGUGACUAUUAAAAUCAAAUUGAAACAUGACCUUAAAAUAUUACAAAUUACAUUUUAAAAAUUUUCUAUAGAAAGGGCGAAUUUCGUGGAAAUAUCAAAAGUAAAGAAACGCAAGCGUCCUUAUUCACAUGAGAUGAUUUUGACAGUUCUACUGGCAAGUCGCAAGCCAGUGAUGGGCACAUACGCAGAAGAAGAGAAUCAGUGUACCCCUUCGUUAGUAGAUGGUUUGAUGUUUGACUGUUCGGGCGCGACAUACGUUGACUGAGUGAUGCGGGUCAUAAUCAGCACUUUAUUUUAUUUAUUCGAGACGUUCUUUUUACCCUUCGUCCUUCCUUUCUCGUCGUAGAGUGAUUUCGGAAAUAAUUAAGAAACAGUGACCAAUGACACAAAUGUUCUUCAGUUGGACCAGUGGUUCUGGGAACAUAGCAGACAAAAAGACUGUGAAGACAGCUUUUUCGUCGUUGUGCAUCCGAAGAAACAGUUUUUUUUUUUUUGUGAUUGCCUUACGAUGUCCAGCCCCGGACAUAAUGGGACAGGACACGCCAAGCUGAUAAAAGAAUGUCCUGUGUAACAGGAUUUCCUGUACUGACGUAUACAUAUUAUAUUUAAAAAUACACUUUCAGUUAACUUGUACACAAAAGUGACUUUGUUUUGUGAUAAUGCUCAUUAGGUUAUGUAGACGAAAGUUUUGACAAUAAGGUUUUGAUUGAUGACUUCUUGAUUUGAUAGGUUGUAUAGCGACUGUUUUUGCAACAACAGAGAAUCAAGUCUCCAUUUCCAACCUGUCUCUUUUACAUUGAAUAUAUUGUUUAUUUCUACUUAAACUAAGAGCUAGGUGCAGUGUGCCUAUUCGAAUCCGCCCACGGUGCAGCCAUAUUCACGAUGAGCAUUUAGAUCUUCAUUUAGUUCAGAUAUGUUUUUCACCAGUAGGUAAACAGCUAUUUAACUUACUAUACAUAAGGUUUCCACGUUCAACUAGUUAUAUGAUUAUUGAAUCGGUGCUUUAAAUGUAGAAUAGUAUAGAAAUAUGUUGCUUAAAUCUGUUUUGCUUAGAUUCAAAUAAAUCUUAGUGAUUAUAAUAUAUAUUAUUUGUUCCCCCUUGUUUUAAUUGUAAACGAUGACAAACAUAAGCCCUAAAAAUUAGUUUGUUUAUCCAUUCUGUAAACAGUAUGUUAAGCAGAGAUAACAUGUAAAGUAACACGAGGCCUGUUUGAGAAGUCAAUUAUUAUGCAGCGAAAAGAGACUGAGGCUUUAUAACUUGUACCUACUAACCAAUUUGGUUCGUAUCUGAGUGAUGUGCUGUGAAUUAUAAUUAAUUUUAUUCCAUCUUUUUGUAUAGAACUGGUUGUGAGAAUAGCAGAAUUGUUCAAAUUGUUAAAUAAAACGAAAUAUUAAUUUAUUUAAAUGAGUGUCUGCACUGCAUACCCGAGUGCAUGAUUUUAUUACUUUUUUUUUUUUAGUUUUCCUAGAAAUAUCCUGGAAAAGUAACUGUGCUGUGUUCAAAUAUUGAUUUAUCUGUUUUAUAAAAACCUAUUUUCAGCUCAUAAAUGUUUCAAAUUGGUUUCCUUUUAUUUAUAGGCCAACACUCCAACAAACAGUGCAAUAUGUCCAUCAAAGAAUAAUUGCGUAAUGUAGAAUGGUGAAGGUGCUCGAAAAAAAUCUGUAUUCUAGUGUAGUACAAUCACUUUCAAAUACGUAAGCUAUUAAAUAUGUUAAACAAGAAUUUUCCAAGCAACCUUUUAUUAUUUUCUUACAGAUUGUGUAAAGGUUCUAUAUUUUGUAUCUAUAAAAUACAUUUAAAAAAAAAAUUCUGUGUUAACUUAGAGAGAAACAGUAGAUUUUAAAUUUGCAUAUUCCAGUAAUAGCACGUAUAUUUAAAUUAUUAAGUUUGUUUCGGGAACUUAUUUGUUCUUGAAUUUAAUACAAUUAGUUCCCAUUUUAACUUAUUGACGGGCUAAUGUUUUUUGUAAUAUUUGAGCUAUACUCGAAAUUUUAAGUUACAGAAACACAAUUUUGAUUCCUAUUUGAUAGUGAUAUUGUUUUAUUUCAAGUUAAACAUGCUUCAUAAAAAAAAACAAGUGUUAUUGGUAAUACAUUUAUAAUCGCGGUACCGAACAAAUCAACAUAGUUACUUUACAAAUCAAGGACAAACUAAACCGUAAGUAAAAGAAUUUCCUUUCGGGCGUCGCCUGCAGCGUAUGAAAAUAUUAUUGACACAUGCAAUCUUAAAAUGAAACUAUUUAAAGUACACUGGAAAAAAAACUGUCGUAAAUGUUCUAAACAGAUUCAAAAUCAAGCCGUUUCAACAGCUUUCCUGGUGAAAUUCCACUGAUUCGCGGUGGUUUUUAACAGUUUUGUACUUAGAAUAUGGGCAAACCGUCUUCAAAUAACUACUCGCUAGUUUGAGACGAGCCUGCGAACCUUAAAUGAUUUUGUUCCCACUGUCUUACUGGCUUUAGCUCCUUUCCCUCUCAGGCCAGUGGCUAGCGUGGCUGGAAUGCACAGCGCACAAGCGAGUUGUCGCUGGAAAGAGAAACGUUUUCCUUGCCUUUCUUUCAGUCUGUUUGGGGAGAUUUCGUAGAAAACAAGCAAAAUAAUGGGCUAGUGACAUACGAAAAAUAUACUGAUAUACUUGCAAUCAUGCAUGAGGACUUAAAAUUUUUUAUGGAAUUCAAAAUACUUUGCAUCUCUAGAGCACAUGUCACGGGAGGUUAUCGUACCUGAUUCAUGCUUGAAUGCUGAGAGUAAGAGUAGCUUCUAGAGGCAACAUACAUCUACGAGUUAAAAGCUAGUUAGAGUUGAGACUUCGGACAUUCAGUUAACGACCACAGGCAAGGUAAUCCAGCUGUCACGCUUUGGUGUAAGUUGUUCGAUAGCUGCAGGCAACGCUCUGGGUAUUGUUAGCAACACAAGGUAAAUAAAGAGUGCUUUUUUUUAAUGGCGAUACUGCCCCAAUUUACGGCGGCCUUACGUUAAAAAGUCUGGUUUGAUGAUGAAAGGUGCUUCCAAAUUUAAUGAAAAUGUCCCUGCGAUUUACAACAGAAUUUUUGUAAUGUCCGAAAACCAUGUUAAAUUAUUUUUCUGAACAGUGUAAAUCGAAUUUAAAGUCUGAACUAAGUUGUGAAAAUUAUUAACACCUAUUAUGUAUUUGUAAAAUCGCAUUCAACAAUAAAUACAUGUAAAAAUAUUGUUUUGAAAAGCAAAGCUUUGUAAACAUUUUUCAAUCCAUGGAUUUUUUUUGAAUUGUGCAACUACUACACUGUAUGUUCUUAUAAAUGAAACAAAAAAAGGAAUGCAGUAACGAAGACGAAAUAAUGAAAGACAUUUUUCAUGACAUUAAGCGAUCAUUAUCGUGUAUCCUUGUUAUUUGUAGUCCCAACUACACCUCUUCAGAUGUAGUUAUAAAUUGUGUAUGUUUUUGUGAAAUUCUUUCUACUGUCUAAUUUAUUUUAAAUAGCUCUUAAAUCGCGUACAUGCUGUUCAGAAUAAGAAGAUAACUUUGAAUCUUGUUAUAGAUUACUGCAAUUAAAAUACCUGUUCUUUGUGUGUCAACUAAAGCCUUUGCCCCUAAAAUGCAUUAUUUAAUUUAAAAAAUUAUUUUUUUUUACAUAUUACAUAUUUUUAUAAGGUGUGCCAUUGAAUUUCUUCGCUAAAAAGUACAUACAAGUUCUGUAUUCCUAUUUGAACAUUCCAUCAUGUAAUGUUGUUAUGAAUAAUUAUUAUGUCAUAAUCUAAUCGCUACAAACAGUUUUACUUCUCUGUACAAUACUUAACCUUGAAAUUGUUAUACAACUAUGCAAUUUUUUGUAUUGCUAUUCGCAUCACACAUUGUAUACAUAGUAAUUUGUACGUAGUUUAUGAUUUUUAGAGCUAAUAAUUGCAUUUAAAUUUUGAUAAAUUUUUUAAUCACUUUCUUGAUUUAUCUUUCUAUUAAACUAUCUCAUUUAAACUAUGUCCUGAGCAUUAUGUAUAGUAUGUACUUUAAUUUGCUUACGAAAUAGUGAUCUGGUAAUUUUUUUAACAGGAACGUGCAUAAUUUAUUAGUACUCAUUAAGUGUACACUAUGUCUGAAACUGUCUUUUUUGAACAAGUUUGAAUAAUAUUGGAUCUUACUUUUGCAAUAUGAUAAGCUUAAUAAAAUGUAUUUAUCCAUCUUCUUGCUCUGAACCAGCUACACGUCUACUGACUUGUAUCUUCUGUGUAAAUAUGAACUGCUAGUAUUUAUAUCAGCUCUGUACAGCAAAAAUAUUUACAGUAGAUUUGUUCCUUGGUUUCCAUGGCAUAGGUGGAACAAAAAAUCCUGAAUUUAUAUUUCAAAUAUUGAAAAAUAAAAAUGUCAUUUGUUGCUUCCUUAAGUGAAAGCUGUUGUGUACCUUUUCAUACAACUUAGUUUUAUAAAAUAUUUAACCUAUGUUGACAUUUGUAAUUGAAUUUAUGAGAUUAAAAUUUACUUUUAACAUUUAA